AUGCUCUCCCGUCUAAUCACUGCAAUUUUUACCUACUUCGACCAAACAAUCGUCCCAUACUCCACGGGCUGGUUUGAGCCUGAAAAGUUCAGUGCUAUGAUGGCGGCUGCGGGCUAUACGCCACAAGAGUUCCCUCCGGUCGCGCAUACCCCUGAAGCGACUCAGCUAGAACACCAACAACUCGACGCCUGGCUCACGAAUUGGUACCGGGACGUCUCGCUUGAUCCUCGCAUGGAGACACGCCAGUUCGAGGCUCCAGAACCGCCCUCACCGGUAGAUGGUCGCAUAAGAAUGCGUGACAGCUUCUUCCACGCCCUUAAGUACCCGCAGGUAGAACCGGUGGUCAACGGUAUGCCAAAGCUGGCAACGCAUGGAUUGGAGUAUUAUUUUGUUUCUACCAUCCUAUCGAACCCCAACGAUGCGGCAAUUCGUCUAAAUAACAUAUUGGGGUCAACACCUGACCUUAUUGACCCGCAGACUGCGCUGCCUUUCGAGCGAGACUUUAUUCCUCGAUCCUGUUUCCCACCGGGACCUGAUAAAGAAUUGAUGGAAACGAAUCUAAGGCUUCAGGAAGAAAGAAUGGCAAUACAGGCUCAGGAGGCGCAUCUUAGGUUGGAAGCAGAGCAUCAGGCAAAUCUAAUGAUAAAACGGGCAAUGGACAACGUUAGCGGCGGAUGGAGAAUUGACAGUAAUGGACACAGGUACUACCAGCAGGGAUUAUAG